AUGCUCCCACAGCACUCGAUUCCACCCAAAGAAGGUAGGUUUGCUCCGUCACAUCCGUGGCCCAAAGUCAAGACACGACGAAAACGCAUGCUUUUGCGGAUCACUCGCUUCAUGCUUGCGGUAGUAGCUGGGUGGUUAGUUGUAUCAUUUCUGCUCUUCAAAUCGCCAGCUUCAGACGCAAAGAGUCUGCGAUCGACUUCUAGCUUGGUCACGGACAGGCUUUUGAAAACCUGGCCCACUGAUACCAGGACUGUGGAAUUACCGGUACAUGACUCAACAACGCAAGAGGCGCUUGAUGUGCAAUCCAUUGUGAAAAGUCCAGCAGAAUUGCCGCAAAAUGUAAAGCCUGCGACAGGGAAAGACGACGAGUCAGCUGAAUCAUUAUCAAAUAAUGUUGAACAUACCAACCAGAACAUGAAUUCAAAGAAUCUGGAGCCUAAUCUCGUUGACACUGCUCUGGACUCUCUUCUAUCGACAAUUUCUAAUAAGCUAUAUCUUCAAGAGCUCAUCCAGCCAGUGAUCGGCACAGGUGAGAAGAAGCUGCACGAGCUUGCCUUGCGCACACGCGCAUAUAAAAAGUUCUUUGAGCUUUGGGAGAAUGUCCACCUCGUCAAGAGCGAUGAUUAUGUUUACGUGCGAAAUGAUAUUGUCACCCACAUCCGCGAGAGGUUCAACGAGCCAACAUUCCCUGAAGCGCUGCACAAAUACGAAACUUACCGCCACUUUAUCACUAAGCUCUCCGCCCUGUUGUUUCCGUGGACAAGCCCAUACUUUGCAGACCAUAUGAGUUUGCACAUCUCGUCGCUCCAUGGAGGCCGGGGAAUCGUGACAACGGCAGGCAAUAACCAUGCACCUUUUCUACUGGCCGCCAUUCCUUCCUUUCGCCUCCUGGGUUGCGAUCUUCCCGUCGAGAUAAUGUAUCUCGGUGAGAGCGAUUUGAGUGAAGACUUCCGCACGAAGCUCGAUGCACUGCCAGGCGUCACAACGCGCGACCUCUCCGCAAUGGUUAGCGACGAAGGUUGGCGGCUGAACGGAUGGGCUGGUAAGCCCUUUGCUAUACUUUUCUCAUCUUUCCGUGAAGUCGUGUUCAUCGAUGCCGAUUCGUUGUUCUUCGUUAACCCCGAGUUACUAUUUGAUGACCCGGAUUACGGGCGCACGGGCGCACUUUUCUUCAGAGAUAGAAAGAUCCUUCCUGAGAGUAAGAAGGAAUGGCUGCAGAAGAUCUUGCCAAAGCCGAUUUCGCAAUCUGUGCAGGAAAGCAGAAUGUGGACCGGGGAGAGCGGGCAUGUUCAAGAGUCGGGGGUUGUUGUUGUAGACAAGUGGAAGCACUUUGUCGCAUUGUUGCUCGUAUGCAGAAUGAACGGACCCGAGAGGGAUCGUAACGGCGUGGACACUGUAGGGACCUACGAUAUGGUAUACGGUGACAAGGAAACCUUUUGGAUCGGAUGGGAACUCGCUGGUGACACUUCCUAUGCCUUCCAUUCGGGCGGAUCUGGAGUCAUGGGCAUAGUCCAAACACCUGAUAACUUCAACGCCACUGACCAACAGCCUGGAUCGACCUUUGGCACGGGGACUGAAGCGGCCCCAACGAAAAAAGAACGCAAAAUGGCGCCUGGUCAUGAGUCUGAUCUAACCAUAUGUGCCCCCCAACUUCUUCAUUUGGACCGCGAGAAGCGCCCUUUGUGGUUCAAUGGCUGGCUGUACGAGAAUAAAUAUGCGGGGAGUAAGCGGGUUCUCGGAACAUUUGAAGCGUUCAUGCAGGAGCCAAGUGAAUCAUUGGAUCGAGCACCAUGGCAACUAGAGGAGAGCAAUCUCUGUUGCUUGUCAAAUUCUGUGGCGAAGGACUUCACAAGGCAGGAGACCGAAUGGCUGGGGGUGUUGAUUGAGAUGGCAAGGACGGUGGAUAGCUAG